GGCAGCCCCGGGGCGCCAUCCCGGCACCCCACGGCCAUGGCGGGCCGGCUCCUGCCCCCCGACGCUGGCCAGGCUCCGGGCGUGGAGGACGUCCCCCCCUUCCACCCACCUCCGUGGGUGCCCCCGCAGCACACGGCAACGCGGGUGCCCGUCAUCCGCCACCGCGGUUCCAACACGCUGAAUUUCGACUUCCACGAGCCAGAGACCCGCGGCACGGCCCAGCAUGGCCAGGCGGCCCCCAGGAGCUCAGUGAGUGAGUGGUACCAGACCUGGCCGGCCAAGGAGGUGAAGGCACCCAGCACCCCGGCACCCGCUGGCCCCACGCCCGGCCCCGGGGUUGCCCCUGCCUGCCCCCGGCCACCGGGCUGGUCGGCCACCUGGACCAAGGACAGCAAGCGGCGGGAGAGGCGCUGGGUGAAGUACGACGGCAUCGGGCCGGUGGACGAGACGGGGAUGCCCAUCGCCUCGCGGUCGAGCGUCGACCGGCCCCGCGACUGGUACCGCAGCAUGUUCCGGCAGAUCCACCGCAAGCUGCCAGAGCCAGAUUGGGAUGCCCAUCGCUGCCCCACGGGUAAGCUCAGCCCCUCACCCACCACGGUGCCUCCAUCCCCACCACGGCCGCGGAGGAAAGGGCCGUUGCUGGCUGAGCCCCCCGGCAUGCCCAACGGGCUGGACUGGACCAGCUGGGGUGACACCGGUGCCACCAUGGAGCCCGGCAGCAUUUUUGACUACGAACCGGGGAAACCCUCGGUGCUGGAGCAGCCGCAGCAGCCCCCGGCAGCGGUGCCGCCGGCACGGACUCAGCCCAUCGAGCUGCUGCUGGAGCGGGAGCUGGAGCAGCUCAGCGAGGAGCUGGACAAGGACAUGAGGGCCAUGGAGACGCGCCGGCAUCCCUGCCAGAGCUCGGCGGCUGCUCCCACCGCUCGCUCCCCUGCUCCGGCCUCCCCGGCAGCUCGGAGCCCCCUGUCACCCCGCCGGCUGCAGAGCCCCCCCAGCACCCACCGCCUGCCCGCCAGCCCCGGCAUGGAGCGGGGUGGCCUGGGGCUGGCCACUGACCGGAGCCGUGCAGCCCCCAGCAGAGACACCCUCAGGCCAGGGACCCUCCCCAGCCUGUCCGACAUGGGGGACCCCACGGAGGCCGUCAGGAGGGAGGAGAAGAAGAUGAAAGCCGCUCGCCUCAAGUUCGACUUCCAAGCCGAGUCGCCCAAGGAGCUGACGCUGCAGAAGGGGGACAUCGUCUACAUCCAUAAGGAGGUGGACAGGAACUGGCUGGAGGGCGAGCACCACGGCCGCGUGGGCAUCUUCCCCUCCAACUACGUGGAGAUCCUGCCCCCCACGGAGGUGCCCAAGCCCAUCAAGGCACCCACCAUCCAGGUGCUGGAGUACGGCGAGGCCCUGGCGCUUUACAACUUCCGAGGGGAGCUGCCCGUCGAGCUCUCCUUCCGCAAGGGCGAGCGGAUCUGCCUGGUGCGGCGGGUGGACGAGAACUGGUACGAGGGGCGCAUCUCCGGCACCAGCCGUCAGGGCAUCUUCCCCGCCACCUACGUGCAGGUGCUGAAGGAGCCACGGGUGAAAGCCACUGCCGAGGACUUCCCACCCUCGCCCGCCUCCGCCAGCCCCCGGCUCCCGGCUGGCUCCCCGUCCCUGCAGCGCUCGCCCGGUCCCCAGGGUCCCCCGCUUUCCGCCAGCUCCCCCCGGGCAGCAGAGCGGGGUCUCGGCGAGGCCGGUGGGCGCCCAUCCUCACCCCGCCACCUCGGCUUCGCCUUCCCCGCCUCCCCAAAGCUGCCCCGCGCCGGCGCCCCGAGCCCCUCGCCGGCCCCCGCCGGCCCCCCGCACCCUGCAGCCACCCAUCCCCAGGAGCCCUGGUGCCCGGCCUGGGCCCCCGAGCAGCAGUGCGUGGCCCCGGGGGCACCCACCAGCACCCGCCCUGAGCCCGCCCCGUCCUACAACGGCUCCGAAAUCCAGUGGACCCCGUACCGGGCGCUCUACCACUACCGGCCCCAAAAUGCCGACGAGCUGGAGCUGCUGGAGGGGGACCGGGUGGACGUCAUGCAGCAGUGCGACGACGGCUGGUUCGUGGGCGUGUCCAGGAGGACGCAGAAAUUCGGCACUUUCCCCGGCAAUUACGUGGCACCGGUGUGACCCACGGCGCUGAGAAGAGGAGCCCGGCGGGAGGUGCGGGGCCAGGGGCUCCCCACUGUCCCACCUCGGCCACCCUGCAUCCCCGCCGCGUCCCCUCCGUGUCCCCCCACGGGGACGAAGUGCCUCCAGCUCCCUCCUGCCCCUAUGGGGCUGCCUCUAACAGGGACCAA